AUGUGUGGGUGUGUGGGUCGGAAGCGGUAUAUAACGACGACAUCAUCGACGACAGUCACUCGAGCACUCGACCCGCAGAGAGUAAUAAUUGACAGCGGUGUCGAUAGUGCGUUCGAAGUGGGUGCGAUGGCUGAGAGCGGAUGUAUGGAAUGUACACAUCCGGUUCGGGCGGCAUUAAAGGGUGCGUCUUUUCACAGACGGAAAUACCCCCGUCCGGCGGGGGUGGCUAUUUCAAACGUCGGCCGCCCGACCCCUACCACCCCUACCCGUAAACGCACACAGGACGCACACAAAUUCGACGGCGGCGGUGGCAAUGGAACUUACUCGGAACAGCAGCAGCAGCAGCAGCAGCAUCAGCAGCCGCCACCACCACCACCACCGCCGCCGCCGCCGCCUGCGGUUGUCAAGGCGACGGCUUGA